UUUCAACACUGAGGGAAUUCAACCGCAGCAGAUGGAAACAAAAGAGUCCAAUCUAAAUUCAGGUAUUUCGCGAAAGAAGGCGGCGCAAGAAAGAAAAGCAGCGGCAAAAAGAGAAAGGAUGAAGGCCUAUUAUCAACAAAACAAGGCAAAAAAGAUUGCUCAAGUUAAAGAACAGCGAAAGAAAUUGCAAGCCGAGAAAUCAAUUCGGCCGCACACACGAAGCAUUGCCGAAAAAAACAAACGCCAACAAAAAGCAACGGAGCACAGAAAAGCUUCCCGUAUCGCAGCACAAGAAAAAAGAGAAAAGACAAGGCAGCAAACAAGAGAAAGAGUUAGAAAAUACCGUGAAAAGAAGCGAACAGAAGCACAAGAAUUUAAUAAUAGCGUGGAUUCACCAGGUUUCGCAAACCGGACGUCGAAAAAACGUGCUAUAGAUAAAGUUAAGAAGACACUCCCUUCCACACCCCGAAAGAAGGCGGAAAUUGUCCAAAGCAUUGUCAAAAGCCCACGGACAAGAAAGAUUUUAGGUGAAAGUGGUCUGCUAAAGACUCCUGAAGAAGAAAAAGAAACCGAAACUUUAAGGGCACUCGCUUCCGAUAUUUCUGAAGGAUUGAACCAGGUUAAGCAUUCAGGAUCAAAUGAAAAACGGGCCGUGUUCAAAGCGUUUAAAUCUCUUGCUUUUGGAGAAAAAAUUAAAAAAGCAAAGGCAAAAAAAUCUGUUGGAAAACUUGUUAACCUUGGUGAAAAGAGCAUCAGCAGAGCCAUCCAGCACCGGGAAAAAAUUUUGAAAGGGGAAGCGGAAAACUGGCUGUACACAAAACGAAAAGUUAGAGGAGACGCCCUUACAGACGAAGAGAGCAAAGUGAUCUAUGAUUACUGGACAAACACAGCAAGCCGGCCCACAGGAGACAAAAAGGAUUUUUCAAAGAAAAGAAUUGGAAAGAAUGAGUACAUUCACCAUGCAAAGCAUGUGCUUGAAAAGACACAAACCGAGGCGUUUAUUGAAUUCAGCAACCUUCAUUCUGAAAUUAAGGUAAAACAAAGAAAAUUUGAAAGCUUGAAACCUUUUUUUGUCAAGCAGGCAAGGGAAAGAGACAGAAAGUCAUGCUUGUGCAGAAAACAUGUGGAAACACAGAUUGUUUUCUCUACAUGCAUGAAGUUUAGAAAAGCAUCCAUGAAAAACUCUGUUGGGGAAGACCCGUCAGUUCAAGUACCAACAACAUUGUCUGAGGCGGUGGAGUCAACCUUGUGCCCUAAACCAGAAGGUGCUUCAUUCCACAACAUCAAGUGCCUACAAAGAGAAUGCGACCAAUGUGGUGUAGCUUUGUUCAAGCUUCUUCCUGCUGAAACUUCAGAUGAGGGAUCUGUGAGAUGGUCACGCUAUGACUACAUUCCCACUGGAAAGUUUCUUGCCAAUGGUCAAGAAAAAAAGAAAAUUGCACUCAUCCAGAAAGAAACACCCCCAUCAGAGCUUUACGAGUAUUUCAGGGAGCUCCUUGCAGCCUACGCCAGUCACUCUUUCAUGGCAAAAUGGCAACGGGAGCAACUUGACAACUUACUUGACAACCUUCCUGCAGGCCAUGUGGUGUGUGUGCAUGACUAUUCCGAAGGCUACACUUGUCGGCAGCAGGAUGAAAUCCAGUCAGAAUACUUUGAUGUUGCCAAAGUGUCCUUACAUGUUACCAUACUUCAUCGUCAUGCAGUAGAAGAAGUGGAUGGAGUAGCAAGUACUGAAGAAGACCCUCAUCUUGUGAAGGAACACAUAUUUGUCAUAUCUGAUGACCCUGUCCAAGAUUAUGACAGUGUUCACGAGAUGCAAGAGUUCAUUCAAAACUACUUGACCAAUGAUUUGGGCUACAACACUCAGAUGAUGCACGAGUUCACUGAUGGAUGUGCUGCUCAGUACAAAUCCCGGCACUGCAUUGGUGAUCUUUCAUGUUCACUCGCUGACUUCGGCUUUCCCAUCCAGAGAAACUACUUCGAGACCUCACAUGCCAAGGGAGAACAGGAUGCUGCAGGUUCUCACGUUAAGCAAAAAGUCAGCCAAGCUGUCCUCAGAAGAACAGCUACCAUCACCAGUGCUCGAAGCAUGCACGACUUCUUAGUCCAGCACUUUUCCCAGCCAGCACCAUCAAGCUUCUCAGCAAGAACAAAGUCAGUUCAGCUUAAGCGCAGGAUCUUCCAUUUUGUACCAUCUUCUGGGGAGGGAUCUGUUGUCAGGAAUAGAGCUGGACGCAAAUUCACAGAAUUAAAAGGAAUCAGAAAACUGCAUUGCGUGAAAACCACCCCUCAGCAGGGAAAGGUGUUUGUGCGACACCGCUCAUGUUACUGCAUCAGUUGCAUUGUGAAUGAUGAGGAGAAUUGCACUAACAAGGCAUGGCUUGAUGAAUGGAAGCUGGUGGAGCUAACCAGAGAGGGUGAUGUGGCAACCACUCGACAGGCAACUGAAGCACCAAUUUUAGACCAUGAUACUGCUUCCUACAUAGCUGACCUGGCCAGCAAGGGAAGUACAGUUGCGAUAGCCGCUGAAGAUGAUCCUGUCUACGACUUCUAUCUCCUUCAGGUCACUUCUGAUGGAGUUGAAGAACUUGACAGUAAUGUUACAGAUGACUAUCAGUGUCAUUAUUACAGAGGAGACAGAGUUCUUAAGGGGCACUUUUACAUAAGGGAGAACAUUCAUGACAUGACCUUCACAAUUGACGAAAAACGGAAAGCGUUUGUACAUGCUGCUACUGUCCGUCACAUUUGCGGUGACCUACCAGUCAGAAAGAGAGGACGAAAGUCUAUUUACAAACUCCCUUUAAAAGAAAAUGAGGAAAUCAUUGCUUCAAUGUGAACUAAUGAUUACAAAACCUCUUUUUUUCCAUUUUUACAUUGAUUUUCUUAAGAUUUUAUGAAAAACCAAAAAUGUGCCACGCCCACAAGGGAUUGUGGGUAAUACCAAAAUUAGUGUUAUUAAUGCAAAAUAAUAAAAAUAUUUACAGAUAUUGAUUACAAUGUACAUUUUGAUCAAAAUUAAAGUCAAAAAGUGAUAAAAAGUGAAAAAAUAAAAAAAUAGUUAUUUUUGAACUA